GUGUGUAUGGUGACGUGAUGAGAGUGAAGAUCCUGUUCAACAAGAAGGAGAAUGCUCUGGUUCAGAUGUCUGACAGCACACAGGCUCAGCUAGCCAUGAGCCACCUGAGCGGCCAGCAGCUGCACGGGAAGUCUCUGCGCAUCACGCUGUCCAAACACACCAGCGUCCAGCUUCCCCGCGAAGGCCACGAGGACCAGGGUCUAACCAAAGACUACAGUAACUCCCCCCUGCACCGCUUCAAGAAGCCCGGCUCCAAAAACUACUCUAACAUCUUCCCACCAUCUGCCACCUUACACCUCUCCAACAUCCCCCCGUCUGUGGUUGAGGACGACCUAAAGAUGCUGUUUUCCAGCUCAGGAGCCACGGUCAAGGCCUUUAAGUUCUUCCAGAAGGACCACAAGAUGGCUCUGAUCCAGAUGGGCUCAGUGGAGGAGGCCAUCGAGUCCCUCAUUGAGUUUCACAACCAUGACCUGGGCGAGAACCACCAUCUGCGGGUCUCCUUCUCCAAGUCCUCCAUCUGAGCCUCAGACUUUAGCAUCUGAAUCCUCCACGCUCCUCCGAGAGUGUACUCAACGGUGUCCACUACACUCCGAUCAUUCCAACGCAUGUCUGCAGAAACCACCGUGAAGUCUGGUGUGGUGUUAAAUUAUUUUUGUAGGUUUUUUUUUUUUUGCCUUCAAAGAGGAUUAGGGUCCGUUCUGAGGUCACUGGUGGAAGUCAGAAUUCUGCCUUUAAUCUCAGAAGCAGUAAUUCUCAGAUUGUAGUCAGAAUUCGGACUCGUAUUCGUGUCCUCCUUGUUUUGAGUUGAUACCUUGUAGCCACUCUUGCCUUUUGACUUCAAUUCCAGAAUCAAGGAAUUAAAGUCAGCCUUCUAAAUUAAUUACUCGGGACUGGAGUUGUCUUCAGAAUUCUUCUUUAAUCUCAGAUUCCCAGUGGUUUUCCUGUGGUCCUAAUCCUCUUCUUUGAAGUUUCCCCUCUGAGGUAACACUUCGGUCUUUAAAAUAUCAGCUCUGACAGUUUGGGAAGUCACACAUUUACCCUCAAACUGUCAGAUCUUAGCCCGGGCCUUGUUAAGAAAGGCUUGGUUUAGCCUUCAGAUGAUCCCUGUGCCUUAUUCCUGGAGUCAGAGUGACCUCGACUUUGACAUGUUUAAAAGAAAAUUUUUAAAAAAAUCUCCCAUCAUGCCUCUGUAAAUUGGCAAAGAACAGGUUUACAGUUGGUAAAGGUUUACUGUUGAUGAGAUGUAUUACAGAUAUAUACAUAUUUUCUGUGUAUUUUAUUGGUGUUUUCAGUCCUUUAUGUUAGUGUUUUGUACUGCUGGUUACUGUAGCGUCAAACAUGUGAACUGAUUCUGUUUUAGCGGGUUUGCUGGGUCUUUAGUCCUAGAUGCAAUUCUCUUUUUCCUAUUCCUUUUUGAUUUCUUUAUUUCCAUGUAUGCAAUCAUGUUUUAUUCAAAUCAAAUAUUGUAGCAAUAUUUUAAUCAUUCCUGAACUUUUAUUUGUUGGGUUUUUGGUGUCUUGGCGAGCUCGGCGGUUCUUCCCGCCGCUCCGCAGCCUUUUACAAUCCGCAGACGAAUGUUGUUUUGUUUGUUUGGUGUUCUGUUGGAUUUGUGAAUCAUGAUGUUAGCUUGUAUUUUCUGUCGCGUUGCUCCUCUCAACGGUUUUAUUUAUAAAAGUUUGUGAUCCACUACAGCUGAAACCAAAAACGGCCUUCUAGAUGCAAACAAAUCCGCCUGCCUCAGGUUUCUGGUUUUAAAGACUUAAAACACAAUUAUGGUGAACUUUAGGCUCUGUUGGUGUUUUCCUGUGGGAAUCUUUUUAUUGAUUUCUCUACCGCUUCACUGGAUUCAGCCCACCAGUGCGACUUCAGUCUCUAUUGUUAAACCAGAUGUAAAGUGGAGUGCCUUCAACGCAGCGCUGAGUCGUACAUCAGGUGUCAAUUCCUCUUAAUUCUGAAAGUUUGACGGAGAAUAAGCCCCGCAGCCGUCAGAACCGUACUGAAACCAGAAGCUGGUUUGGUUUAUCUGUGUGUCUUAAUAUUAUUACGUCGACAUUCCAGCCGCUCACACGUCCACCUGAACAGACAUGGUGCAUUCAAAACACCCGGGAGGUUCGGUAGAUGGGAUUAUGAAACUAGACCUCUUCCUCUUUGAUUUCCAGAACAAACUGAAGUCCUGUCUCAUUCCAGAAGCUCCGAGAAGGUUUCCUUCUACCUGAACUCCAGUUCUCGUAACGUUGGUCUGUCCCAGAUGAAAGUUAAACAUCUGCCAGUGGAUUUAGAGUUUUGGUGGUCUUGCAACACCAGAUGGGAGAUCUCGGUGCAUACCAAUCCUAGUAGAUGCUUGAACAGCUGCUAAGGAAUGUACGCCCUUACUCAAGGACGCGCCUUUCAUUAAAAUGCUCUCCCUCCAUUCUCCAAUCCUUGUUUCCUGAGUGAAACACAGAUAUGGCGCAGAGAGCACAACUAGCACCUCGCAUGUCACCGCCCUGACAGAUGAAGCAUGAAACGUCUCGUCGCUGGGUGGUUUUCCACCGACUUGCUGGCAGAACUUUAGUCUCUAUUGAGUUGGGUUCAUGGUUUUAGGGACCAAAAACGGCCUUUGUCAGAUAUUCAGGAUCAAAUUGAUGACUGUGUAUAAACCAGCCAAUCAGAAUCCAGCAGGAAAUGGUGCAGAAUCUAUGCUUUUGUUGCUAUCUUAUAUUUUUAAUCUCCAACUCCAGACUGAAUGCAACGUUUUUUUAAAAUAUUUCUUUGUUGAAUUUCUGCAAACGACAACUGCAGUUUGAUCGUGGAUCAGUUUUUAAUAAAGAGGUUAACUGUGACAAAGGACUCUGGGCUCCUGCUUGUUGGUGGUUCUGGGGGAGGAUUGGGGUUAACCUCCUUCAGUUGCGCCGCCCGGCUGCAGAGGUCACUGUUGUGCUUUGGACUCAGUGAGCAGUUUCAGUUCGUCCCACAUUACGUCUGCGUACAGUAAGAAUUUGAAAUAACACAAAAUACAUUUGAAUAAACGGACAAAACACAGAUCGACUGUAACGCCACACGGGAAAACGUCCCAGUGGUCCUCAGCGAGUCCCAAACAGAUGUGAGCAGCUGUUUCUCCCAGAUGGACCAAUGAGAGCGCUCCUCCUGGAUGUAAAUAGUUUAUUUAUUAUCCGAUCUGCUGUCAACAGAAACCACAAACACAGGACACGUUUACAUCUGUCAGUCUUUCCCAGGUGACUUGAAUGCAUCACAGACCUUCGGCGUUGGGUGAGACGGGUGAGGCAGGACUGGGACCAGUGGGUCAGUAAGAGG